AUGGCAACCACCACCACAACUCAAUCACUUCCUUCAAACAUGCUCGCCGCUCAAAUAGUAGGGUUCCACAAGCCACAUUCGAUAAACAAGAUCCCAGUCCCAGACAUCAACAAUCUAAACCCGCAUGAUCUCUACUUGAAGGUGGCUGUAUCUGGUCUUUGUCAUUCAGACCUAGAAUAUCUGAAGGGUACCUUUCCUCACAUCAGCCUACCUAUCACUGGGUCGCAUGAAGGCACAGGCGUCAUAUUGGCCAAGGGUAGUGCAGUUGACUACUUCAAUGUCGGUGAUCGAAUUCUUGCAGGACAGACUUUCGGUCGAUGUGGCGAGUGCGAUAUUUGCAAAGGGCCUGAGAACUAUAGGCAUUACUGUCCACAUCGGGAAACAAUGAUGUCCGUUCACAGGAACGGUGCUUUUCAGGAGUAUCUCAUCGUCGACGGAAGAGAAGCAGCAUUAAUCCCAGACAGCAUGAGUUUCGCUACUGCCGCACCAUUAGCCUGUGCAGGUAUGACCAGCUGGCGCGGCGUCAAGCAGUGCGAGCUCAAGCCAGGACAAUGGAUCGCGAUCGUAGGCAGUGGUGGAGGUCUAGGCCACUUGGCAAUCCAAAUGGCGAAAAAGGCAUUCGGACUCAAGGUCGUGGGAGUAGAUGCACGGGACGAAGGUCUAGCAUUAACGGAGGAAGCAGGAGCUGACCUCGUACUGGACGCCAGAAUAGGCAAAGAAAACUUCGUCGAGCAAGUCCACAAACACACUGACGGCAAAGGCGUCCACGCCGCACUCAACGUCUCAGACGCCAAAUCUGCCGCUCCCACAGCAGCCGCCAUUACCCGAGACCACGGAACCGUCGUCCAAGUCGCCCUUAUCGACGAAGUAUCCCUUCCCUUCCACGACGUAAUCUUCCGAAACAUCCACCUAAAAGGCUCAUUCAUGGCCUCACAAGCAGAAAUCCAGGAAAUGCUCUACGCCGUCGUCAAACACAAGAUCAAGCUCGAGAAUAACAUCUUCCAUGGAAUACCGGAAAUUCCUCGAGCUGUGGAGAUGUUGAGGAACGGAGAGUAUAGAGGGAAGGCGUGUAUUGUGGUUGAUGAGGGAGCGCCUGGGACGUUGCCUGGUGAUAGCAGGAUGUGA